AUGGUGCUCAUUAUCUUCCUUUUCGCUCUUAUUUCAUCCACAACUUCCCGUGCUUCUAAUGCCAACGAUUUUUGUGUGGCAAAUCUGACGGGCCCAGAAACCCCUUCAGGGUAUCUAUGCAAAUCAACAAACACAGUAACAUCAAGUGACUUUAAGUACAGUGGCCUUACCCCUGGAAACCCCUCCUCAACCUACAAUAUUGCAUUAACCACUGCAUUUGUUGAUCAAUUUCCAGCUGUGAACGGUCUUUAUAUCUCUAUGGCACGUGUAGACAUGGGUGUUGGAGGAGUUGUUCCCGUGCACACGCAUCCAGGUGGCAAUGAAAUGAUACUCGUAUUGCAAGGUAAAAUUAUAGCUGGAUUCAUAACAUCUACCAAUGUUUAUAUGAACAUUCUCGGACCCGGUGAUGUUAUGGUUUUCCCACAAGGACAAUUGCAUUUUCAAAUAAAUAAUGGUACGACGAAAGCCGUUGUUAUUAGCGCUUAUAGUAGCCCAAGGCCACGCAUCAAUAUAGUUCUUAAUCUACUAUUUGCCAACUUACCCGCCGACAUAAUUGCAGCAAUCACCAAAAUUAGUCCUCCCGAAGUGCAGAAGCUUAAGGCUCAAUUCGGUGGCAGCGGCUAG